AUGGUGGCCCAGGUUGUGAACUCCGGCGAGCCUACGACGGAGCCAUGGUUCAAACCCAAGAAAGGAAGCGUAAUUCCGGCAAAGAGAAGGUCGGUGAAGAAGAUGAUGUUGGACACCAUAGUUCAAUCUGUUGCUUGUCUAUUUCGAUCUUCUUCUUCUUUAUGUUCCUCUGGAAUACCACUGUCUGAAAACUGUGGCAGUUCUAAUAUGAUUUCACCAGACACAGCAUCAAAGGCAAAGACAGAUGAGAACAAGAAGACAAUGAUGAAGAAGAAGGAGAAGAAACCCAGUCACAAGG